ACUCUUCAGCCAUUUUCAGACAGAUGGUUUUCAUUGCUUUUCAAGCCAAGUACAAAACACUUUUUUUUCUACGUCGCGGUUGAAUAUUCGACUUCGAAAUUUUAAUUGCUAUCGCCUAUUUGUGAGUUAAAUUCGUAUAAUUAAAUUUUCAUUUUCAAUUCAAACAACGAGUUUGACCGAGUGUGUUCAAAUCGUAAAGUGAAAUUCCAAAUUUUCGGUGUUUAAGGUUGGUGAAAUCCGUGUCCGUGUGCAAUACUAAACAUAUAGAUCAAGCAUUGUUGGAGAAAAAAAAAUUGGAUCGACAAAAUGCUCAUUGGAUUAGUUCGUGAUUCAGUUUUACAAUGUUUCUGCCAUACGUGCCGAGUUCCUGGUUUGCCGGCAGCUGGCGGCAUCCGUGCAAUGUCGGCAAAAACAUUGCGAACGAAACAACCGAAGAUGUCAAACCGACAAAAGUUCAUUUCCACUGAAAUCCGUUGCCAAGAGAAGUCAAAGGGCGGUCUUUGCUACGAAGUGAUUCUCGGUCAACCCGUCGCUAUUCCGAAACAAAUCAAAAGCGCACCAGCAACCAAGAUUGUGUCGGCCGCUGAAAUUGAACGCAAACUCUCUGAAGCUGAAAAACGACGUCUGGAAUUGGAAGCAAAGCGAAGCGCUGAUUGGUUGGCCAAGAAGAACCGAAUCGAAGAGGCUUCGCGCAAGAAGAUCGAAAUGGACAAGGUAUUCGCCAAUCAUGCUCGCGAAAGUUUGAACGCCAAAAUGGACAACUACGGGGAGAACCGUGAAGCUAUCAUGGCCGACAUGAAAGACAAGCUUAAGAGUCAAUUCCAGGAGAUUGAAAAAACUCGUUCAUCGAUGGAACAACAAAAGAGCAUUGAGCGCGUUGCAAUAGAUAAAAAGUUGAAAACUGCCGCCGAAAUGCGAGAUGAAAAUAUCAAGAAAAUGUUGGAACGCCUCAAGGAGCAUAACAAAUUGGCGUCUAGAGCUAAAGCUGAUGCUCGUCAAAAUCAACGAGCGAUGGAAAAAUUGCACAUUUUCGAAAAUAAAUUAUUCCUUGCUGAACAAAAUCGGGAAAAAGAAAUACAGAAAAAACUCGACACCAUACGCCGACACGAUCGUCAUGCUGAAAUUGUUCGCCAAAAAGCGUUGAGCGGUAAAAGCGAACAAAACGAGCCAGUUGCUGUUGCAUGCGGUUAAAUGACAUUGAAUCUAUGCUUCACGCUCGGAAGCGGUAAGCCGUAGUCUCAAACAUCUAUACUCCAGUUUAAAAAAAACGCGGUGGAAACGAACAUUGCCCAACAAUUUGGCAAAUAUACAACACAAAUUUUAUAUUUAUUCUCCAAUAUUCGUAAAAUCCUUGCUUCUGAACGAAAGCUCAACCAAAAAAAAAGAACAUUUACUCAUGUAAUCAAAUAUGACAAAAAAAGAAGAAAAUGAUUUUCGUUUCAUUUUGUUUUUUAAUUGCUAUAAACUCAAGCUUUAUACACGUCAAGUCUCAA